AUGAAAGCUUUGGACGAUCUUCACUUUACUUCCUCUUCACAAUGUCACAUGGACGUUCUGACGAGAGUGCCUCGAAGGCCGUCAGUACUGUCAGAGGUCUGCCGAGCAUGUUUGUGUAUCGACGUCGCCCGCGGACCGGUCAGUCAGCCGCCGGCUGCUAGCAGAUGGCGACAGCAACUCCUCAAUGGCGUAAUACAGCAAAGGUACUAUCAGUCGAGUGAAAGGCUAGCAAAUUCACGACCACCGCAAUUGCGCGCACGUCCAUUGGGAGACUUCUAUUCGGAUCUUCUAGCAGUCCCCAUACCGAAGGACUCGACAGCUCAUUCAGAUCUGCCCACCUUCGUCCAAUCAGGCGAUGAAACCAAGGAAGCACGAGCAGCAAAGCUAUUUGGCAACAUUCGAGGAUCAGGCUACGAGAGGAAACUGCCAAAGCAAGCGGACUCGGUAUGGAAGACCAUCAACGGAGUGCCGAUUCCUCCACGCCCUGAAGAACCGGAGAACUGCUGCAUGAGUGGGUGUAUGCAUUGCGUCUGGGAUGACUAUCGGGACGACAUCGAGGAAUGGGCAGUUCGUCUACGCGAGGCACAGGCGAAAGGAGCGGGCCACAGCCAACUGAGUACACCGAAGAUUGAUCUCCACCGACCUGAGGUUGUCAAUGCAUCUGUAAGCAUGGACGAUGAUGGUGGUGGAAGCGAGGCUCUGUGGGAUGCACCGAGUGUUGCAGGUGGCGAGGAUGCAGAAGAGCUGUUCGCUGGGAUACCCGUUGGCAUUCGCGAAUUUAUGGCUACAGAAAAGCGUCUGAGGGAACGGAAGAAAGCCCGAAAGGCGAAAUCGUGA